AUUUGGUUGUAUUAAGAUCCAAGCAGAUUACAAGUUGUGGAAAGCAUGUUAAAGUUAUUAGAAAAAUAAGCUAAUUUUUUGUUAUUAAAUACUCAAGAUCUAUCGACAUUAAUAUGAUGGAGGUAACUAAAGCUCUGUCGAAAGGUUCAAUAAAGUUUUACACUUCGAACCCAUUAAUGGAUUUUCAAAGUUCUGAAAAACGAAGAUCUCGUGACCAAAGUCGUUUGUCGGCGCAUUCCCAAGGUCAAACAAGCUCUAGAAUGAGUCGGCUUGGUUCUACGGUUUCGAGUUUAGGCCAAAUGCGGAAUAUUGAAAACUGGAUAAACGAAAAAUCACUGAAAAGAAUCCAAGAGAAUCACAGCAUUGAGAGCCUUGAAUCUCGACAGUUAUACAUGACGGUCCUAAAAAACGAAGAAAAUUUUGUACAUGGCAUUGAUGAAUUUCUACAAGAAAACGAGUUGCUGAAUUUACGCAGGAGAGAACUUUUAUAUAAAGAAUGGCAUGAGAAUGUUUACGAGCCCACACGUCGUAAAAUUCAAAAUAAAAUUGAAACGGAAUACCCAAUACUUGAUGAGAAAAAACGUGAAGAAUAUGUAAAAUAUUUGAAAUAUAAGAAUAAGAAAGGCGAUGUGUUUUUAGACGUUAUGUCGAGAGAAGAAUACGAUCCAAUGUGUCUUCUACACCCUGACAGUCCGACUCUGCUAAAAGUACAAACGCCGAGACUCCAAGAUCCGUUAUUAGCUCAAGAAAGGCAAAGAAUUGAUGAAGAACGCACUAUAUCCCGCUGCGAAACUGGAGAAAUCCUCUCAGAUGAUGCUAUCAGACAUCGCUGGCUCCCUGCUCUACCACUUCGGCCACUAGGGCGCCAUGGUACAACUUGUCAAACGUGGCUUGAAAUGCCGCUGCGUCAUAUGGAAAGCCCGAUUCAUGUUCGAAGUUGCAAACGUAUGAAAAGAUUAUCAAAUGCUUCUACGAUAAAUUUCGACGAAAUCGGAAACACAAGUGACAACAGAAAACUCCUACCACUGCUAAACACAACUCCAAUCACCACAGAAAAUGUGAUCGAAAGCCCUGGAAAAUCUCCAAAGCAAGUAACAUUCACACUGCCUUCUCCAACAGAAGUUACCACCUAUGAACUAAAUAAAGACGAGAAUAGCCAAGCAGAUGAAAUACAAGAAUAAUUAGGAAAUAGAAAUUAGAAUAUACUUACCAUUUAGAAUCUACCAUCUUAGACUCGAAAUAUAUUAAUCAUGUUUCAAUAUUCCCACAACAAACUUGGCUUGGUUUCGUAUUUGGUGACUAUAAUGCUUUAUAAAAUAUA